AUGAGUUAUUUCUCUCUAUCUAGCAGAUUAACAUUCUUAUUAAUUUAGCUUAAAAGUCAGGCCCUAAUUACUUCAGACCAAUAUUCCCGACUUUGCGACCAUGCUGCAAAGGAUGAUCCACAAUUGAAGCAGUUGAUUGUUUCCUAUGAGAACGGUUUACCAUAGAGUGAGUUUAUUGCUCAAAUGUCAAAAAUGCUUGAUACUCAAAAUGGCAAUUAAAACAUUAUCAAAUCUUACUUGUAAGUCUGAAUAUCAUCAAUAUUAGUGACUCCAUAGUCAAUAUUGGCAAAUCACUCAAGAGUAAAAUUAAGUAGUUUUAUGGAGACAUUAAGGUAAAUUUAAUCUUAAUUUAAUCUUAGCAAGAUAUCAACGAAAUCUAUCAAGAGUGCUUCAUAGCACAAAAUCAUCAGCAGGAAAUAAAGAGUCUCAUUCGAUUAAUUCUUAAGCAUUUUAACAUUAAUGAAUUUACUUUACUACAAUUUAUGUAGAAUGAUCAAUGCCACAUUCUUACAAAUAAUUUUGAAUCAAUUACAAUUAAAGAAGUAUAACACAUUCAAUAGUUCGUUCAAACACAAUUACAUAAUUAAAUCAUCUAGACUUCAAAAGAAUUAGUAACAUUAUUAAAAACAGAUAAAUUACCUUAAUUUUAUAUAAUAACAAAUAAUGGUAUAAUUUUUUUUACCUUUACUGAAAAUAUCAAUAGCACUUUUAAAUCGUACUUCACGAUUGCCUUUCUUUACAACCAAAUUAUAUCAAUUAUCAAAUAAGGAUCUCAAAUUGUUGCAUUAAAAAAACUAUAGACUAUAAGAAUGGAAAUCUUAUAAUUUGUAUCAAGAACUAUACAGAUUUUAAACUACAAACUCCUCUUUAGCAUUUUGAUUUAAAUAAUGAAAUAGUUUAGUUUGUAAAUUUUGGUUAGCCAAAGUGAUCUAUAGGAAUUGUUGCAAUAAAAUGUAAAGAAUUAUCUAAUGCUAAAUUUUGAAAGUGAGUGGGAUGGUGUGUUUAUUGAUUUGGAAGGCAAUCUUUCCACUUAGUUGAAGGAAAAAGUAUAGAGUACUUUUAGAAAGAGUAUCAAACGAUAUAGUAAGAAAUUAAGAUAGAAAAAGUAUUUAUUAGAAUCAUUCUAAUAAGUUACUUAGCAUAAUGAAAUGAUUAUGUGUUUAUUCUUUAACAGUUACUUAUUUGUGUAUUAUAUGACUGUUUAAUGGAAUCAUGAUUAAUUUGUGUACUUAAUGCAUAUAGAUAUAGGUCUCGAUUCAAACUAUCCAAAGAAAUCAAUUUUGGAGAUCCACUCUAUAAGAUCUUUGAAAAAAACCCUAUUGUAAUAGCAAAUGUAAAAGAAUUAAUUGAAUCUAAAAAUGAUCAUUUGGAAUUUAAUGAUGGUUUUUAUAAAUUUUCUUUGAAAGUCGAAAGAGGAACCAAAUUGGAAGUUAAAUAAAUUUCUGUCUAUUUAUUCAACAUGCAAUUGAAAAGGUAUUUGAUAUGCUGAUUUAUAAGACCACUCUCAGAAUUGUUAUAAAUCUUUCGAAACAAAGUUAAAAUAUUAUUGACACUAAAGAGGGCAACAUUGGCAUUUAAAUCGAAGCAACUUGUGAUGGAAAAUCAAUUCUUUAGAUAAUCAGCUUUGGUGAUGUAUUUGCCAGAUCAAGAUAUGAGGAGAAUAAAUGCGAUCUAUAACUAAAGUCAUGAAUAAGCACUAGAAAAAUAUAGAGCAUACACAAUGAAGAAGAAAUCAAAAAAAUUGGAAUAGUUUUUAGCUUAAUUUGAAGAAGACGACAAGAAUAAUCCAGAUGGUCGAAAAAUAGCAAUUGAUCCUAAUUUAUAAGAAAGACUAUUAGAUUACGAGUUCAAUCUAUUGAACAAGAAAUUGUAUAAGAAUAAGUUUAUUAUUGUGUAUAACAUCUUUGAUAUGCUUGAAUACACCAAAUAAUAUACAUUAAAAAACAAGGAACUUGUCAAUUUUUUAACUGCUCUCAAAUACAAGUAUAAUAAGACAGCAAAUCCAUUUCAUAAUUUUACUCAUGGAGUCAAUGUAAUGCAUGGAUGUUUUCUUUUUGCUCAUCAUCCAAAAUUUGGUUCAUGUUUUAAUGAUUAAUAGAGAUUUGCUAUGACACUAGCAGGUUUAUGUCAUGAUGUGGGACAUCCUGGAACAAAUAACUUAUUUUAAGUGAAUGCUUAGACUAAAUUGGCUUUGUUAUACAAUGAUAAAUCCGUGUUAGAGAAUCAUCAUAUAGCAGUCACUUAUAAAUUGCUGGCUUUGAAAUAAUGUGAUUUUCUGGGAUCAAUCCCAAGAGCAGACAAAAUAAUGAUCAGAAAAUACAUUGUGAAUAAUGUCUUAGCUACAGAUAAUUAAUUCCAUUUUAAAUUGCUCAAUGAUAUCGAAAUUAAAUUUGGUCAAUCCUUAGGCGAUCCAAAAAUCUUUAGUAUCUUUAGAAGUUAUAUUAAAAUUAGAAUCUGAUGAUAACAAGCUUCUUCUGAGUGGGUUCUUGACUCAUGCAGCUGACUUUUUCGGAGCAGCAAAGUCUUAUCAAAUAGCCAGAGUGUGGAGCGAAAGAUUAAGGAGAGAAUUUCAGGCCUAAGUAAAUUACCGAUAAUAUGAUUUUAAAGUCUUAAUUAGAAGAUAUAGUUGGUAUCGCUUAGACUCCGUAUCUCAGAAAUUUAGACAAUGAGAUUCAGUAUGCCAAAAAUGAGAUUGGAUUCUUGAAAGUUAUCGUGAAACCAAUUUAUGAAUCCUUGAAUCAGUUCUCUGAUGGAGCUAUGUCAUUAUAAUUGGCUAAUAUUAAUCUAAGCAUUAAAAAAUAUUCAGAAAUCGUUGAUUCACAUUAAUAAGAAUGAAUAUGAGUCUAU